AUGCUAACUUUGUGGCAUCACCCCUCAGACCACUAUCAGUGGCAUAACGGGAUGAUCGAGCUUCGGCGAUAUACAGAAGAGUCCGCAAUGGCACACCACAUCGACUGCGCGCCUCGUUUUGGCAAUACACAAUCUGACAGAAGUUCAGACUCCAUCGAGAAGUGCUGUCUUCCCAUUCUGAACUGUUGCCUUGCGAUCUGUUCAACAUGUGCCGCGUUCAACACGCAUACGCGCGCCUCACCAAACUUACGACCCGGAACGCACAUCCAUCCUCCCAUCCAGUGGAUUAGGGCCAUCAUCGCUGCCUACCUCGCGAUGUCUGCUUCCUCAUUGCACGGUGACUACGCGGGCGCGAUAGCAAGUCCAUCCCAAAUUCUCGAGAAAGACCCGGCUCCCUCUACAGCAAACACGCUCGAGUCGCAGCUCCAUGUCCAACGAUUAGACAGUGGCUAUCAUGCCUGGGCAUCCAUCGUAGGGGGCUUUUUUGUCACUGUCGUAACAUCCGGAUACACCAGUGCCUUUGGAGUCUACCAAGACUUCUACACCCGCGAGGGCCCUGUCAGGGGCUUCAUAAGCGCUCAGGACACUUCAGAUCGCGUCAGAACGGUUCAUUUGGCCAGUCCUCAAGGUGUCGAAUUUUCGCAAAUUGUUGUUGUCAGAUAG